AGGACGCGGUUGCUUGAAGAACGCAGAAGACCCGGUGGAGGAGAGCGUGCGAGAGUGGGGAGAGAGUCGCGCCCAGCCAGGCCAGAAUAAUGGCAGGCCACCAGAGGGAGAAAGUGGUCCCAGAUGAGGUCCAUCAGAACCAGAUUUUGCGGGAAUUGUACCUCAAAGAGCUCCGAACACAGAAACUCUACACGCAGUAUCACGUGAAUCCCCUCCGCAAGGUUCACACAAUCACCAGAAAGCCCAUGUCUUGGCAUGAUAACCUGGAAGAACCUGCAGAUGCCAGGUUUCUGAAUCUCAUUCACCAUGCUUCCAAGGGACCUAGGAAGAAAUACCAAGAGACACAGACCGAAAGCCAAGAAAUUGGAUGGGACUCGGAGCCCUUGGUCAACCCAGAACGCAGUGACCGCAGGCUGAACCACUUCAGGAUCUACAAUGACAUCACUCGAUACAAGGCUAAAAUGUGGAGCUUGGGAGAAGAUGAUCGCCACAAGUAGCAUUGCAGCAGUGGUGUCAGUCCCUGUAUUCAAGGCCCAAAGUGUGUGCUGCUCAGAUAAAUAUUUUAAAGCCCAAAUCUGACUUUCCCUAUCCUGAUUCUCUUACUUUUCUCAUUUCUGCCUAAGUCCUCUGGUUCAAAUCCUUAAUCUUACAAAUCAGUGCGAGACUUCCAGUUAAAGAUGGCAGACUAAUUCAUACAAUUUUCUCCUCUGGCUUCACAGGCCCCCAUAAAGGACAAUAAAGGGAUAGGAAAGGGUAUAAAUCCACAACAACAGACAGAAUCAAAGAGAAGUAUUAGCAAUCAAGCAAACUGAAGAUAUAUUUAGAAGAUGGAAAUCUGAAAGAGGAGAUGGUAGAAAACCACACUGUACAAGCCAAGGGAGAUAACUCUGAGCUUAGAGCCCAUGCCUCCUGCAAUCCUGGAGAGAGGUGCAGGACUCUAAGACAGAGUGGGGGAAGCAGAGAACUGAAAUGGGCAUUGGCAGGGAUCCUGCAGGUAGGCCCACUCCAUGCACAUACCAGCAGCCAGACAGCUAGCAUCUCCCCAGACAGGAUGCUGGAGAUUUACUCUUGGAGAAAUGGGAGAGGCCCAGGACUAAGGGACACUACAUACAAUGCAGAGCAGGAAUGAGCUAUGAGGCUGAAGCCUGACUCCAUGAAAAUCUGCAGAAGAAUGUUGAGCCCCUAGCCUGCCGGCCUGCCCACACAUGUACUGCAUUUGUAGCCUGGGUUUGAAGUGGGAGGGUUCCUGUCUCAAGAAACUUAAAUAGUUCUAAAAGAAAAGCCCUCCCACAUAGUACUCUUUGAGUGUCCUCUAAAGAAAGGGCCAGGGAAGUCAGUUUCCCCACCUGCCACCAAACCCUACUGAACUUCAUCCUGCUGAGCUGGCAUCAGGACCCUGGUUCGGAGCUGCAGACAUCUCAGCUGCUCAGACUCUGCAGCCAGUUCCCCGCUUCUGUCACCUGAGCCAUGGGCCUCCAACAGGGUGAACAAACUCCAGGACUUUGUGAAGCUGUGUGAGUAGGAAUCUGUCUUCUGCCCCCUGAGGUGCCGAACUUCCCUCAGAAAAGGGUGGAAAGCAUGAGAGGUACAAUACUAGCUCCUCAUGUAGCUAAGAAAAUGCCAAGGAGAAAAAACAAGGCAAGAAGUUAGAGGAACACAUAAAGACAGAAGAGCCAGCAGGUAAGGAAAGUAAUCUAGGAAUCAGUUGUGAAGGUCUCCUUGAGCCAGACACUAACAAAAAAGGAGAAACAAAACUGCAGAGGUAUUGAGUGAAAUGCAGAAAGAAGUUCAACCAAGAGGUGAGAGGAGAAAGAAGGAGUAAAAAUGUGAGGAAGAACAGAUUAAGCAAGGUCAGAGUGAGAAAGCUUGAGGACUAACCCGAGAGCCCAAGAGGAGAAAACGACCAGAUGACACGCAGCAGUUUGGUGAUGUCCUAGCUGACUUUCCUGGAAGAAUGCCUGAAACACAGGGGAAGGAUAGCAGUGAAUUUCUAAGCAACAAGUUCUGACAGCAAUGCAGGAUCCAGAAGUAAGGGUGCCCUUUCAGGAUAUGGCCCAGAACCCAGCAAACAUGUCAGAUUUUCAGAGCAACCCAAGCCUAUGAAUCUUAUCAAUAAAUCAUCAGAGAAAUUUGGAGGACAAACAUAAUGCCUUUAGGACAGUAUCAUUCCUAAAGGAAAAAAAUAUCCAAAUCAGUUCAAACCAAGUAAAUUUGAUCUUAUUUUGAAAAAUCUGGAAAACUCUGAUAAUAAUCACUACCCCUUUGCCCCAGUGCAUUAGAAACAUUUUAUAGUAAUUUACCAUUAGUUUAUUUGUAACCAAGAAUUAAUAAAUAUAAUUAUUGCUUACUGAACAUUCCGAGUGAGGUGAGGGACUAUGUAAUAAGAUAGCCUUCUCGCUAACUGCGGGGGGUACAACAGACCAAAGAAUGGCUUGGACAAGUCCAGCUUGGUGGGUGAGAUAGAGAGUUUUUGGGGGGCUUACAUGGAGUCCUCUCCCUUGGCGGUGGGAGAAGAGAUAGCAAUCCCUUGCUAUCGCAGUCUGCACUCACCAGAGAGCAGGGUGUUGUUUUAUAAGAUUUGAGCAAAUGGAGUGGGGUUGAGACAUUGGCGCAGUGUGGUUGGUGAGAUAUGCAUUCAAAUUGAGGAUUACAAAUUCGCCUUUUAACCUCUACUAUACCUUAUAUUUUCCUCCUGGGCAUAACUUCUGAUGAUAGGCAUAGCUUCUGAUAACACUGCUCUUUUCCUCAAGCUGAGAUUUACUGUUUUGCUGAUAGGAGAACAUCUGUUCUCUAGAGCCCAUGGGAAAGGAAAGAGUUGGAGGAUAAUGCAAAAGUUCAUGUAUGUUACACUGAACUUUAUUUAGAUGUAUAUUUUGUCUUUGAAUCCUAAUUUUUGUUGUUGUUUUUAAUUUUUUGUUUUGAUAGUAAAGGCCAUGGACCCACCAAUAUAUAAUAGGAUUUGGUUCAGGAUGGGAAUCCUUAGGGAAAGUUUCAGCAGACUUACCCCCAUUUUAUAUAAUAAGAGCCCAUAUAAACAAAUUAAGAGUAGACUGGUAGUGUACCAGUUUGAAAUUGUUAUGGACAACAGAGGAGCCAUGAUCUUUUAAUCCAAUCUUGUUGGGUGGAAACUUUUGAUUGUUUCCAUGGAGAUGUGAAUCACCCAACUGUUGGUGAGAUUCCUCCCAUUCAUGGGUCCUGAAGUCCUUAGAUCACUGGAAUCCUCUAAGAGAGCUCACAAAGGGAGCCAACAGAGAUGCUUAGAGAUGCCUGGAGAUGUGGACAGAAGGAUGUUUGGAGAUGCUAAGCUAAGAUGAAGC